GUACAAGAUUUUGGACUGCAGCAUUUGUUUGGAAUGAGGAGUCUUCGUCUACUGUCUCUUGCAGGCUGCCCCCUACUGACCACCACGGGUCUGUCUGGCCUCAUUCAGCUACAGGAGUUGGAGGAGCUGGAGCUGACUAACUGCCCUGGAGCCACCGCCGAGCUCUUCAAAUACUACUCCCAGCACCUGCCCCACUGCAUGGUCAUCGAGUAAGACCACUGACCUAUCCCACCGACCAACUGACCGACCAACCGAUCGCCAUACUUCUACCUUUCUCCUCCUUACUCUUCCUCACUUUUUUCUCAAAUGCUAGCCAGGAGACUGAACUGCUCCUACUGUACCACACAUUCCUCAUUACCUGUCCAGCCCCCAACCCCGCCCAUCUUCCUCCACACCCCAUUGAGCAAGACUGACCCACAGGUGAACAAAGAGGCAGGAAGGCAGAUGAUGGUACAUGCCAGACCCAGAGGAUGAUGGGAUGGCAUUCGAGUUUUAAUUGAAGAAGAUGCUGGAGUGAAGAGCUUGGUGUGACGUCUUGUCUGACAGCAAGUUUCUUCUUCAGAAUGAAAGGUUUUUGUUUACAGAGGAGAGCUUCUCUAAAGACUUUGAUGAUUUUCUUCUGAAUGGAUACCGAAGGGAGCGACACGUGCAGAUCCAGGAGCGGAAUUCUGAAAAAGGGAAAUAAAGACUUUCGUGUUUGAGCUGAAAUGGUGGAACUCACACAUGCGCUCAUACACUGUAAACACACUCACACACAUACUGUAUAUGGUUAGUGAAACAAAUGUAAGUCCUCAAGACCACGAGUACUGACGUUUCAAUUUUCAUCACUCUGUAUAAUAUAACUGCUGUUAUUCUUUUUCUCAGAAGGUAUCAAGCUACAUUUUCUCUUGUUUAGAGGGAGACACCAUAUGCCAGCUGGAAAAACAGGAACCAGAAAGAACUAAACACGCAGUCCAGGAAGUGAAUGACAAGGAUGGAACUUCUCUCUUUUUCUCCCUUCCUCUGUGUGUGGAGUGUGCGUCAUGGACUCACCAGUUCCCGUCUUUUUGGGAUGACCCCACCUUUUUCCAUUUCUGUGUCUUAAAAAAAUUGAGAAACAACAGUUUACAGUGUUGGAGUUGAUUGGCUCAUUGUUUCACAUUUUUUCCCCGCUCUUCUUCAUUUUUGAUGAUAUAAUUUACAGAUCUGGAAGCUGCGUUGUUGUAAACUGUGAAUGUUGUGUUUUUAAAAAGGGAAAUGUGUCGCUGAGGCAGUGCAACAAGCAGUCGGUCACAUUGAGAGCAGAGUGCACAUAAAGCAUUUAAUGCCUGAGAGCUUCUGCGGAGGAUAAAACGCAAGGCGACUGUGGGGCUUAAACUGGAAGUGAUGACUUGAUAUUUCUGGACUCAAACUAAUAAAUAACUUUAAUAAUAAUAGCAGAGGGAGGUUUGCAAGCAACCUUUCUAUCGGUGAGGUAGUUUUGUCCAAAUUGGGGGUACAGCUGAUUUUGGAAAUAAACUCUUUUUUCCAUCUUUUAAAUGCUAAUAGAAACACAUAAUGUUUAGUGUUGAAUUUGAACUUGUGUGGUCCUGAAGCUGCAAAUGCAUUGUGUGACCCACUUUGGUAAGGUGAGGUUACCUCAAAGGUAAAAAAGGGAGACCAGGAGAUUUCAGUAUUUAAUAUUAGAGCAGUUCUUACAGUGUCCUACAGGCCAGGAACUCAGGAGUCAGGUAAAUGUGGAAGUUUUUAAGAGAUGAUUUAGUUUGUGGGAAAUUUACAAAUUUUCUUGCUAAACCAGAGUCAGAGAAACUCAGGAACGGCCUUUUUAUGUUUAUGUUUGAAAUCAUAUUUAGCCUAGCUUAGCUCAAUUAAUUGAUUAAUUGUUAGCUGGAGUAAGUGCACUACAUGUUUGAAUUAAAAGUGACAUUACAAUUGCCAUUUACAUUAUCACAGCAAACUAAGAAGUAAGUUUAUAUGAAACUAAGGAAAACUGGGCUUUGUAAGUACAAAUGUGAGCUAAAGACAAGCGAAAGAUUCUCCCAUUUGUUGCUACUCAACCUGUUACUUGUUGACUCUUCUGAUGGGAUACAUUUGAUGUAACAAUGUGUGUCUUGGCGAGUGUUUUCUCUUUAUAGUGAACAGCAUUUUGCAGUAGCCUUUAGGACAUGUUUAGUCCUGUUUUGUUGGGCAAGUCGGUAGGAAAGCAACCCAUGCAUGGUUAGAAGCAUACAUUGAUCAUUGAGACAUACGAAGCUUUAAUUUUUUUUAGAUUUACUGAAAUAAUUGCACAGUCAACAGUCAACAGUCUGCUUUAGGCCUAAAAGAACAAUGAUAGAAAGAAAUACAUUAUCAUGGGGUAACUGGGCCUAGUAUAGUAUAUAAUGUAUAUAAUACAUUCUUGUCCCUUUCUCUAUCCACGCAGCUUUCCAGAAUAUGUUAUUUUAUUUUAAUCUUCACAACCAUUUGGUCACCCCCGGAAAUUAUCUUGCGACCCCCUUAAUUCCCUUGUUGAUUCAUUUUAUCAGUAAUACUAUUAUUAAUACAGUGUAUCCACAAAGCUAGUAGCUAAGAUCUGGGAAAGCUACUGCCAGAUCAUCAGACAGGUUGUAAACAAACAGGUUAGUCACUUAUAGACUUACAUGGAAGAAGAGUUAAGGUGAAUGGUAAGAUAGAUUCCCAUAAGCAUCAAUUAACUGAGCUAAGCUAGGCUAAGCUUUGCACUCAACAUGCAUUUGUACUGCUAAACUGAUACAGAAAGGCAUCUGAAAGUUUGUAUGACUAUGGGUAAGAAGGAAAAAUAGUAAAUUUCCCUAAAAACCAAAGUAUUUAUUUAACAUAAAUUAUUGAUGUUUCAAAGGAAAAACAAAUAAGUUUAAAGCCAGUAGUCGUGUUUCUUUCCUGCGAUCAUCUGAUAUUAAAAGGAAAUGAAUGAGCCCAACAGUGAGCCGCUGUGCUGCUUUUUGCCUCUUGCGUGUCCUCGGAUGUGCUGACUGCCAACUGAUAGGAUUGGAUCAGUGUCAGCCAGUAUUAGGUUGUGCCAAAUGCAUCUGCAGCAGCGCAUAAAAUGUGGCUUGUUGCCUCUAGCUGAUCGCUGACACACUGAAAUGGACUGGGUGUGUACUGUACGGACACGGCAGACCAUGCAUGUUUUUAGUUGGUCUGCGUUGGCUCAUUUCAGAGGUUGUUCUGAAUCUCUUUUUUGUACAUAAGUAUAUUUAUUUAUUUAUUUAUCUAUUUAUUUAUUUAAAUUCAUUUGUGUCUUAUUUU